AUGCCGCAAAGCUUGCCGAACACUGUGCUGAUCAGCCGCGAAGCAAUUGGUGAUGCGUUACCAUACUUCCACCAGAAAAGCGAGUGCCUGUAUCUUCAACGCCAACACGCACGCAUCGGCGUGCCAGAUUUACAAGCAGCAGAUGCGGCGGUGCCGUUGCCAGCCAUUCGCAGCACGAAUCAUCAAACGCGCCUGCAAAAACGGCCGGUGCCUUUAUGGCAUUGGCCCACACAUUUACUGGUGCCUGGCUCCACCGCCGCUGCACCAGCAAACAGCAUCUUCGGGUUGACUUUUUACGUUGGUUACGCC